CGUUUCCCCGACGGCCGCCGGGAGGACUGCCGAGUGAGUGAGCCCAGGGCUGCGCAGUAGGACGCUGACGGGCGCGAGCUGGCGACGCCGGGCUUGCAGCGCCGAGCAGAAAGCAAAGCCAGCAGGGCAUCUUCUAGGACCCCUGAUCUGAGGAGCCACUCCCCAAAACACUGCUCUGGUGCCAGCCCAUCAUUGGACAGGGAGCUCCUGGACCGGCAGGAUGGGGUCAGCCUGUAUCAAAGUCACCAAAUACUUUCUCUUCCUCUUCAACUUGCUCUUCUUUAUCCUAGGCGCGGUGAUCCUGGGUUUCGGGGUGUGGAUCCUGGCUGACAAGAGCAGUUUCAUCUCUGUGCUACAGACCUCCUCCAGCUCGCUCAAGGUGGGGGCCUGCAUCUUCGUCGGAGUGGGCGCUGUUACCAUGUUCAUGGGCUUCCUGGGCUGCAUUGGUGCCAUCAAGGAGGUCCGCUGCCUUCUGGGGCUGUACUUUGCCUUCCUCCUCCUGAUCCUCAUCGUCCAGGUGGCCGCGGGAGCCCUCUUCUAUUUCAACAUGGGCAAGCUAAAGCAGGAGAUGGGCAACAUCGUGACCGAGCUCAUUCAGAACUACAAGGACGGACGUGAGGACAGACUGCAGGAGGCCUGGGACUACGUGCAGGCUCAGGUGAAGUGCUGCGGCUGGGUCAGCUUCUACAACUGGACGGACAAUGCGGAGCUCAGGAACCGCACCAAUAUCACCUACCCCUGCUCCUGUGAGGACAGGAAGGAGGCGGACGAUGGCUUCCCGGUGAGGAAGGGCUUCUGUGAGGCUUUGGACAGCAACAGCACCGAGAGCGGGAACCACCCCGAGUCCUGGCCCGUGUACCGCGAGGGCUGCAUGAAGAAGGUGCAGGCUUGGCUGCAGGAGAACGUGGGCAUCAUCCUAGGCGUGUGUGUGGGCGUCGCUGUCACUGAGCUCCUGGGGAUGCUCCUGUCCAUCUGCUUGUGCCGGCACGUCCAUUCUGAAGACUACAGCAAGGUCCCCAAGUACUGAGGCAGCUGCUGUCCCCCCCUCCCUGCCUGUCCCCCCGCCUCAGGGCUCCUCAGGUCUCCGGGCUCUGCUCCAGGCUCACCUCCCACCUCACUCCGCCGUGCUCGUCCGGUGCUGGCUGGAGGCGGGGGGCGGGGGGGCUUUCUGGGGCCUGGGCCCCUCUCCCUACCUUUGUCCCCCAGCUCCUCUCUGGCUCCUUCGCUUACCGCCCGCCGGGAUUCUCUUAGCCACGCAGAGAGAAUGCUCCCGUGGCGUCCCUGCACAGGUGGGCUGGGUCUCUGUCUGCCUUGGAGCUGUGUAUAUGGGAUGGGGAAAAGUGUACUCAACAUUGGGGGUGGGUGGGGGUUGGAUAAGGCACCCUGGGCUGUCAGGGGACUGCCCACUGCGUGGGUAAACAUUUUUUUCCACUGUAAUGCUUAUGUCUUUGGUUUUCACAUUUUCAUUGAAGGUAGUGGGAGAGGGUGGGCUUUACCUGACAUUAUUAGGAGCAGCAGCCUUCCCCAGGCCAGCUCAAAUCAACCGAGGAUGAUGCCAUAAGUGGGGCCGAAGAGGGGCCCUCUGGGUCAGGGAAUCUGGACUGGCUCUGGGCUGCUUAGGGAGUCGGGGGGGUGAACCCUGGGGGCCUGACACAGAGCUUGUCCUGCAUUCGCCAGGAUCCUGAGCUGUCCAGGGAACGGGAAGGAUGCUUUCCUCUGGGAGAAGCUAGGUGGGUCUGUCCUUUGGCCCCUAGGGAAUGGGCGGGUGAAUCUGUGCCUUGUAAGGGAGUAGGGAGGGGCUCUGUGCACAGUUCUGUAAAACAUGUCUGAGAUUUGACAACUAUUAAAGAGGGUUUGUAACAAUCCA